AUGGCGAGCGCCUUGCAACCUCGAGGGGGCGCUAGUCACAUGGACACUGGAGAACACCACUCAUCUAGUGAGCAAAGUCAGUUGACAGAUAGUGAUAUCCUUUCAUACUUCAUCACUAAACGCAAAAUGAAAAUCACGGUUGAAAACGCUCCAUCAAGAGCCGAGAUACGGCGUACCGUUGCGAAGGAUGUUGGAAUUGCAGCAGUGUUAUUUACACUUGUUUGCACAUGUUUCAUCAUAUACCAAUACCUGCAGGAGUUGCUUAUGCGAAUACCAAUCGCGGGAGGAAAAAAAUUUGAUUAUCCAGUAUUUCUUACAUUUAUUUGUUUCGCGACAAACUGCAUCACAACAUCCAUCCUCAUGGGGGGUAUGCAAAUCAAGUUUGACAGGGAAUACAAACACCAAAGCGAUGAAGGUGAGGAGAGGAGGACAGUGUUUGAUCAGUUUGACUGGAAAAUUGCAGUCCUAGGACUUAUUGCGGCCACAUCAAACGUCUGUGCCAUGGUCUCCUCCCUUACUGCCGUAAAAUAUGUAGGUGUACCGACACAAAUCGUAAUCAAAAGUGCCAAGAUGAUACCGAUCCUUAUUGGAGGAUUUAUCAUCUUUAGAAAAAGGUAUCCGUGGUACGAUUACGUCGCUGUACUCAUCAUCACAGCGUGCAUCAUAUGUUUCAAUUUUGCUAAACCCAAUAGUAAAAUGGAUGGAGAGAACACGCCCUGGGGGCUAUUCAUGUGUUUCUUCUCACUAUUUUGGGAUGGUGUUACCGGACCAAUAGAGGAUAAAAUGCUAUCCCUCAAAGACCUCCACCCAUAUAUGCUGCUAUUCGUACUCAACGUCUUUGGAUUCCCAUUGGUCACAGCAUCAGUUUUUAUUUUUGAAGGAUUGGAACCGUUCAAUAUUAUUGCUCAGGAACCCAAAAUCUGGGGAUAUCUAGCUUUGCUGUCUCUAACUGCAACAAUUGGACAAGUAGUCAUUGUAAUUUGUCUCAAGUUGUACGGGAGCCUUUACACCACACUCAUGACUACGAUCAGAAAAAUUGCAAGCUCGCUGAUAUCAAUAUUCAUGUUCAACCAUGCCAUGUCGGUAUUACAGUGGAUUGCCAUGUCGUUCACCUUUGCAACGCUGUUGGUGAGGCAAUAUAUCAAACAACGGCUCGGAGCCAAAAAGAAAGGCGAGAAAGAGAGUGCGCACUGA